AUGUCAGCUAGCCAUCCCGUCGUCCUGGUCACUGGUGCCAACGGCUAUAUCGGCUCUACCAUCCUCCUAGAGCUCAUCAAGCACGAAUAUCAAGUGAAGGCAGUCGUACGCCGCCGUAAUAGUGGAGAUGCAUUCAACGCCAAGUACCCUGAGCAGGCCAGCUCGAUCGAAUGGGUAAAUGUCAACUAUGUGAUCCACCUAGCCUCCCCAUAUGUCUUCGAUAUCAAGGAUAACGAGCAAGACCUCAUCCCAGCGAAGGAGAACACACGAGUCAUGCUCGAAGCUGCGGCGAAGCACCCACGCGUGAAGCAUGUGGUGCUCAUGAGCAGCUUUUCCGCUGUAUGCUCGCCUUUUAUGGGGCUAUGGCCCGAGAAGACGUACGACGACGACGAUUGGAACCCAACAACUUGGGGACAGGCUGCAAAAUUAGACAUGCCUCCCUUCGUUUACGCUGCAUCAAAGGCCAUCGCAGAGCGCGAAGCUUGGGACUUCGUCAAGCAGCCGAAUGGUACGUUUACCCUUACCACUUUGUGCCCACCAAUGGUGUACGGCCCACCGAUGCAACCUGUGACCUCAAUGAACGGCCUCAAUGAGUCGGUUGAGGAGCUGUGGCACCUGUUCACCGGGAAAGUAUCUGAUAUUCCUGUGGUACCCGUAUUCAUUGAUGUUCGUGACCUUGCCAGCAUCACCAUUGCCGCCCUCACAAAUCCUAAGGCGAAGAACCAGAGGUAUUUGUGCGUCGCCGCGCACUUUACCAUCCCUCUUCUUCUGAAGAUUGCCGGCCAAGCGUUUCCGGAGCACGCACAUCGUAUGCUUCCUCAAACCAGUAUACCCGGUGAGCACUUCAAGACCAACAGCCACAAAGUGGAGUCGGGUUUUGGGAUCAAGUGGACCUCCCUGGAGAAGAGUAUCUCUGACACGGCCGCGUGGCUCUACAAGACUGAGAAAGAGCUCGCCUAA